UAGCCGGCGGCAGAGCACGCCGCUGCGUGAGGCGCUUCUCGUCCGCCGGGCCGGCCUGUGGUGAAGCGGCGCCUCCCGCUCCCGUCCCGCUCCGCCCGCAGUUUUCAGUUGACCAAAGAAAUGGUGAUGGAGAAGCCAAGUCCCCUGCUGGUCGGGCGGGAAUUCGUGAGGCAGUACUAUACCCUGCUGAACCAAGCACCUGACUAUUUGCACAGGUUUUAUGGAAAGAACUCUUCCUAUGUCCAUGGUGGCUUGGAUUCCAAUGGAAAACCAGCUGAUGCAGUCUAUGGGCAAUCUGACAUCCACAAGAAGGUGCUGUCAUUAAACUUCAAGGAUUGCCACACAAAGAUCCGUCACGUGGAUGCUCACGCCACCCUCAACGAUGGUGUUGUGGUGCAGGUGAUGGGGGAGCUCUCCAACAACAUGCAGCCUGUGCGCAGGUUCAUGCAAACCUUUGUGCUCGCACCUGAGGGUUCUGUUGCAAACAAGUUCUAUGUCCACAAUGAUAUCUUCCGCUACCAGGAUGAGGUUUUUGGGGACUCUGACACCGAGCCUCCAGAGGAAUCAGAAGAGGAAGGGGAGGAACCUGAGGAAAGACAGCAGACACCUGAGGCUGUUCCUGAUGAUACUGGUGCUUACUACGAGCAGGCUGUCAGCAAUGACAUUGAGGAACACCUGGAAGAGACGACUGCAGAGGCAGAGCCUGAGCCAGAGGCAGAACCUGAACAGGAACCUGAACCAGAGGCACAGGAAGAAAAGUCUGAGCCAGUAUUAGAGGAGUCAGCUCCAGAAGAGACUGUGGAAAAGAGUCCUUCUCCAGCUCCUGCUGAUCCAGCUCCUGCAGUGCAAGAGGACUCAAGGACAUUUUCCUGGGCAUCAGUAACCAGCAAGAACCUUCCUCCCAGUGGGGCUGUUCCAGUAUCGGGAAUACCACCUCAUGUUGUGAAAGUACCAGUCUCCCAGCCCCGCCCUGAGGCAAAGCCCGAGUCUCAGACCCCACCUCAGAGACCUCAGAGGGAUCAGCGAGUGAGGGAGCAGCGAACAAGCAUCCCACCGCAGAGGGGUCCUAGGCCAAUUCGCGAGGGUGAACAAGGCGAUGUGGAAACCAGACGGAUUGUGAGAUACCCAGACAGUCAUCAGCUUUUUGUUGGGAACCUUCCCCAUGAUGUGGACAAAUCUGAACUUAAAGACUUUUUCCAAAAACUUGGCUUUUCUCUUGCAGGCUAUGGCAAUGUUGUUGAACUCCGCAUCAACAGUGGCGGAAAGCUCCCCAAUUUUGGGUUUGUGGUGUUUGAUGAUCCUGAACCAGUUCAGAAGAUCCUUAGUAACAGGCCCAUCAUGUUCAGGGGAGAGGUGCGCCUGAACGUGGAGGAGAAGAAGACACGAGCUGCCAGGGAGGGUGACCGCAGAGAUAACAGACCUCGUGGACCCGGAGGCACUCGUGGGGGGCUGGGAGGUGGGAUUCGAGGGCCUCCACGUGGAGGAAUGUCCCAGAAGCCAGGAUUUGGAGCUGGAAGGGGGAUUGGGCAACGCCAGUGAAGGCAUCGAGGAUGUUGACACGGAGGCGCAAACCCUUUUUCCUGCAGAUUUGUGAAUUUCAGCCUUGGGUAUCUUGGAAUGUGGCCCUAGCCUGUUAUAGACUGCUACGUUUGAUACUAUUUUGGCCCCUUUUUGUUUGUGUUAUGGUUCUGUGAUUUAUUUUUUUUCUAGUCCUUGUCCCAGAUUCCAGCUUUGUGGAACAACGUUUUAGGAAAAGUGGAUUUUAAAAAGAGAAGAACUGAGUUUUCUUGUUCACCUCAAACUUACGGACUGAAUUUUUUUGGUACCAGUGGUUUUUCCUAAAGGAAUGUCUCUACUUUUUUUCUUUUUUUUUUUUUUUUCUCUCCCCUUUCUACUGAGUUUGGGUGCAUUUCAGUCAGUGGAAUCGUAUUUCACGUGCAUGCGUUCAAGAGCCUAUAGGAAAACAUAGUACUUGGCAAGUAUUUCAAGGGCAGAAAAAAAAAAAACUAUUGAUGUUUCUUUGAGGGUCAUAUGAACAUCCUCUGGUGUGGAGAUAUUGCCACUUGAAAAAUUGACUUUCACCUUUCUCUUUGUGGCGCUGUAAGAGUGGAAUAAUGGGUAUCUGUAGAAUCUCUUUUUCUUUUGAUACAUGAUCACAGAAAGGAAUUCGAACUACUGUUUUACCACUUUGAAAUUUUGGAUUGUGGGAUAGCUUUUAAAUGUCUAGAACUUGACUCUUCAAACACUUUUCCUGAACUUGUGAAAUUUUUUAUUGAAAUAGGGAGUUUUUUUCAUGUUUAGUUUGUAUUUGUAUAAAAAAAAAAAGCAAAAUUGUUGUGCCUUCUAUUUAUCUCUCAUUCCAGUUUUGGCAAAUUGUUUUAAAAAAUAAAAAUAAAAAAGGUCUAGAUUUGCUUUAUCAAGUCAA